CAGCACAGUGUCGUUAUAAUGACGUCAAUUAUUGGACAUUAUUAGUCGGCGACGUCGUAGACCAAUAAGCGACGUCCAUAUGACGUGACAUUUCAGAUGUCAUUUUGACGUCGUCUAGAGACGUCUUUCGUACGUUUGUUUUCGGUCGUUUUAAGUGCUUUUUAAUCAACUAUAAAAAAAAUUAGAACGAAAGUUUAUUACAAAAACUAAGCCCUAUACGUGCUUUAUAAAAAAUUGUACAUUUUAAAUUGUUGUUUACCUAAAAUUUGGAUAUAAAUAUAAAUUCAUUAAUUAGCAAUGAAAAUACUAAACUGACGUUUUAAGUGGAAAUGCAAUUUGAAUUUAAAGAUGAAGUGAGAAUGUUGUAAUUAACAAUUAUUUAACUAUUUUAUUAGUAGGAAACAAUUAUUUUUAGCAUCGAUUCCUGUCGAGGCUGUCGACCAAGAUUUAAUUUUGGCGCGUUUUUAAUCGAAAUGCCACGAUACGAUACGAGACGUGCAGGCGCAUGCGUGCUGGACUGCUGGUGUGAACGCGUGUGCGCGUAAUGGCGGACGGCAGCAAAAAGUUGUUUGGCUGGAUCCGAAAACAAGAUCGCAGUGGCAAUCACGCCAGUAAUACAGAUUUACCAGAUGAUAUAGGCGUACAGUUUCCUUUGAAUUCUCAAGAGGAUAUUACCAAAUUGGAAACAUACCUGAGUGAAAAAAAUAAUUGCCUGGCUUUGUCGGCAUAUCUAUCGACUUUUGGAGGGAGAGAUUUUACUGGACAUACAAACCGGAUUUUAAAUUUUUUGUUCACUUAUUCUCUUGCAACUAAUUGGAAUUUUUGUGGCAAACGAGGUGAGAAAAAGGCUUUUAAAAACUUAAACGUAAAGGAUGUGAUUAUUGGUGCUGUAAGAAAAAGCUCCCCUCUAGUCAGUCAGAAAGAAAUAGAAGAUACCAUCAAGGUGUGGUUGAAACAUGCACCAGAGAAAUUGAAAAAGCAGCAGCAUGGCAACCCGUAAGAAAAAAAGUGUUGUUAGUCAAAGACAACUCUACAGAAGGGUGGCAGAAGCAAAUUUAGCACCUGUGAGUCAGAAUUGUUAUAAUACAUCUUUAAUAGUUAAUAAUGAUUCCAAUGAAUCAUCAAAUUCCGUUUUUUUUGCUGAUUCAAUGUGUGAAAGUGAAAAUGACACCUGUUCCUCAAGAGAUUUAGAUUUUAAUGUAAACUCGCCUAAUGAAAAUUUGCUCUUCAAUGAUGCGACGUUAUACAACCAUUUGACUUCCUAUUCCAGUAACGUGCCCCCUAACGAUUUAUUUCCUAAUGAACCGCCGCCUAGCGAUUUGGAUUCGAAAUUGUCAAACUGGGCAGCUUCAAGGUACGUUCGACGUACAGUAGUUACUCAUCUCUUGCAUAUCUUGCAUCCAUACCAUAAUGAGUUACCGUUAGACAGUCGAACGCUGCUGAAAACGCCCAGAGAAACGAAAACAAAAUCGUUGUUAAAUGGCGAAUAUUGUCAUUUUGGACUUGUUAACGCUUUAAAAUUAAAGUUAUUGUCAGUACCUAAUAUUUCUCAGUACAGCAUUAUCAACAUUUCAUUUAAUGUAGAUGGACUGCCCAUUUAUAGAAAUGGUCAGAAACAUGAUCUCUGGCCCAUUUUAGCACUUGUAAAAAAUUUUAAGAGUGAGCCGUUUGUUGUUGGUUCUUUUUUAGGAAGUGGCAAACCAAAUUUAUUGUCAGCGUUUUUAGAAGAUUUUUUAAUUGAGUUAUCGAACUUACUUACCACGGGCAUUGAAAUUAAUAAUAAUAUCCAUGAAGUAAAAUUUCACAGCUUUGUUUGCGAUGCUCCUGCGCGCGCAUAUCUGAAAUGUGUGAAGACCCAUUCAGGGUAUAGUUCCUGUGAAAGGUGCGAAACUCUGGAGAACA